GCGGGUGGUGUUUCCGUUGCUUGGAGUUGGGCUGCGAGCAGCUGCUUGGAGCCUACUGCGCUUGCAUCCCUGCCCUGCCCUGCUCGCCGCCGCCCCGCGCUCCGCGGCUUUCCCGGAGGUUCGGAGCACUUGGGUCCCUCUGUCACGCUUGGGUUUGCAUCACCUUUUCCUGACCUGAGCAGUCGCCAUGGCACAGGUUAAGGGCACUGUGACUCCCUUCCCUGGAUUUGAUGAGCGGGCUGAUGCAGAAACUCUUCGGAAGGCCAUGAAAGGCCUGGGCACCGAUGAGGAGAGCAUCUUGACUCUGUUGACAUCCCGAAGCAAUGCUCAACGUCAGGAAAUCGCCACAGCUUUUAAAACUCUGUUUGGCAGGGAUCUUCUGGAUGACCUGAAAUCAGAACUGACUGGGAAAUUUGAAAAAUUAAUCGUGGCUCUGAUGAAACCCUCUCGGCUUUAUGAUGCCUAUGAACUAAAGCAUGCUCUUAAGGGAGCUGGGACAAAUGAAAAGGUACUGACAGAAAUUAUUGCUUCGAGGACACCUGAAGAACUGAGAGCCAUAAAACAAGUCUAUGAAGAAGAAUAUGGCUCAAGCCUGGAAGAUGACGUGGUUGGGGAUACAUCAGGGUACUACCAGAGGAUGUUGGUGGUUCUCCUUCAGGCUAAUAGAGACCCUGAUGCUAGAAUUGAUGAAGCGCAAGUUGAACAAGAUGCUCAGGCUUUGUUUCAAGCUGGAGAACUGAAAUGGGGGACAGAUGAAGAAAAGUUUAUCACCAUCUUUGGAACACGAAGUGUGUCUCAUUUGAGAAGGGUGUUUGAUAAAUACAUGACUAUAUCAGGAUUCCAAAUUGAGGAAACUAUUGACCGAGAGACUUCUGGUAAUUUGGAGCAACUACUCCUUGCUGUUGUGAAAUCUAUUCGAAGCAUACCUGCCUACCUUGCAGAAACCCUCUACUAUGCUAUGAAGGGAGCUGGGACAGAUGAUCAUACCCUCAUCAGAGUCGUGGUGUCCAGGAGCGAGAUUGAUUUGUUUAACAUUAGGAAGGAGUUCCGGAAGAAUUUUGCCACCUCUCUUUAUUCCAUGAUUAAGGGUGAUACGUCUGGGGACUAUAAGAAAGCCCUCUUGCUGCUGUGUGGGGGAGAAGAUGACUGAGGUACCAGCUGGAAAGAGAUUCCUGUGCCGUGCCUACCACCGCCGCCAUGACCUUCCUUCACAUCUCGCUGCACUUUCUGUAUGCUGGUGCUUGACACAUUGCCUUAUUCAUGCUAGUAUGCUAAUGACCAAAACAUACAUGUUGCAGAAAAAAAUAGUGGUGCUUCUUUCUGAUAUUCAGUUAAGAUCUUUCUCUUUGUUUAUUAUAGUACUGGAGUGUACUUAUGUUACUAAAGUCUAAAGUCUGUGUCAUUUAUACUUUCUUUUAAAAGAUGAGACGCUUUUAGCCUUUUUAAAAAACUUCAUUUAUAUUAAAUUGAUAACCGUAUUUCCUUAAUCGGAACUCUAGCCUUGAAAUUAUGAACUCCUGGAAGUGUUACUAAUCAAGUUUGCUACUAAAUUAAACCUGGUUUCAUUCAAAAGAUUGUAUUCAAAAGAUUAAUGAAAAAUAAACAUUUCCUUCCUCCUGAA